AUGUUUGUUUUGCAUAGAAACAGUAUUCUGCUAGGGAAGUCAAUUGUGGGUAGCGGGCGAGUAACCGUUGCUGGAAUCAGCGGGAUCGGUAGAAAGAGAUUCAUGUCGACGCCUUCCUCCUCGAAGGGGUCGGCACCACCCGUUUUCACUUCGAAAGAGUUGGAAGUGGCACGUAAGGAAAGAUUGGAUGGACUGGGGCCGUUCGUGUCUCGGUUGCCCAAGAAAUGGAUUCCGUAUGCGGAACUGAUGAGGCUGGAGAAACCUGUGGGCACGUGGCUGUUAUAUUUGCCCUGCAGUUGGUCUAUACUUAUGGGGGCCAUGAUGCAAGGUGCCUCAUUGGGCGCAACAGCUGGUAUGUUGGGUGUUUUCGGUGUGGGCGCCUUGGUAAUGAGAGGUGCUGGCUGCACCAUUAACGAUUAUUUGGACAGAAAGCUGGACCAAAGAGUAAUCAGGUCUGUCGAGAGACCCAUUGCCUCUGGUAGAGUGACUCCCCGCGGGGCACUGGUAUUCCUGGGAGCUCAAACCCUGGUCGGAAUGGGCGUUCUGGCUUUGCUUCCCGCGCAAUGCUGGUGGUUAGGUUUGGCAUCCCUGCCCAUAGUGUUUACAUACCCUUUGUUUAAGCGGUUCACGUAUUAUCCUCAGGCCGCAUUAAGCGCCUGUUUUAAUUGGGGGGCACUGCUUGGAUUUCCAGCCAUGGGUAUAAUGUGCUGGCCCACGAUGGUACCUUUGUACUUGAGUAGUUAUCUGUGGUGUAUGACUUACGACACCAUAUAUGCGCACCAAGAUAAGAAGUUCGACAUCAAAGCGGGAAUCAAGUCCACCGCUUUGGCGUGGGGUCCACGCACGAAGUCUAUCAUGAAGGCUAUGUCAGUAUCCCAAAUUACGCUGCUAGCCGUUGCAGGCUUGAACAGCGGGUUGUUGUGGGGACCCGGGUUCAUUGGUGGGUUGGGCGUCUUCGCUUACAGGUUGUUUGGCAUGAUCAAGAAAGUGGACCUUGACAAUCCUAAAAACUGCUGGAAAUAUUUUACUGCAAACAUCAACACCGGACUCUACUUUACAUAUGCUUUGACGCUCGAUUAUAUUCUAAGACUGUUCGGCUUCUUGUAG